AUUUGUCUCUUCGGCCAGUAGACUAGUGACUAGAUUUGUAUCUAGUUCUAGAUCUAUUCUAGAUUUAGAUCUUGAUUAUAUCUAUUCCACCUUUUAACUAUGAAUCGGAUUUUUACGGUCACACUAGUAAGACAUGGAGAAACUCUCUCUAAUCGAGAUAACAUAAUGCAAGGUCAGCUUGACACCCAGCUGUCUGACCUUGGCCAGAGACAAGCCCAGCUGCUUGGCCUUCACCUGCAAGAUUUCAAGUUCACUCACAUGUUCACCAGCGACUUAACACGGGCUGCAGAUACAGCAAAGGCCAUUGCUCAGGCAAACAGACAAUCCCAUUGCAGCCUGAAAACUGAUAAACGACUAAGAGAAAGGGGAUUUGGUUGGUUAGAAGGGAAACCUCUAAGUGAAUUCAGGGAAGCAAUGGCCAAAUCCAAACAUUCAAGCCAUUCCUUUACCCCAGAAGGUGGCGAGACCAUGGAACAGGUUACCGCCAGGGUCAUCAGUUUCUUAGAUGAUUUAUUUAAAUUAAUGGCAGAACCGCUGAUGAACAAUAGUGAAUGUACUGCAGAAGAUGGAUUUCUGGCUCAGGUUCAAAACCCAGCAGUUUCAAGCCAUGCAAGCAUGAUCACCAGUGUAAACGUCCCUCUUACAAUUGAAGUUCCGAACAUCAACUUAGAAAACAGCCAUGAGGAGAAUCCUUCUAACCACCAUGUCAUAGACCUUCAACCCCAUCAUAAAAACGGUCACCCAGCCUCUCCCCCCAGUCAGGCCAACAGCCACUCCCCAGCCAGAUCUUCUUACAGCAGUGAUCAAGACAACGCAAACAUAGACAGUGCUAGUGUAUUAAUUGUAAGCCACGGUCUCUGCCUUAGGGAGUUGAGCCGUCUUCUUCUAGACAGGUUCAAGGGGAAAUUAGAAGGCAGGAACGCACAGGAAGUUAGCAGGAUAAGCCCCAACACAGGUGUAUCCAGACUCAUCAUGUCAGUGUCUCGUUCAUCUAGUCGUGUUUGUGCAAAGUGUAUAGAAUGCGUGGUACUUAAUGACACAACCCACCUAGAAAAAUCGCAGCACAAUUUAGUUUCUCAUGCUAAAUUCCAAGGUGCUCUUUAACCUUUAAUGUUCUUAGGCCAAAUGUCUUUCUAGUCUCAUCAGAUUAUUUUGGUAUUAGCCCUUGAUGUUUAGUGAAAGGAGUAGGGUGUUCAGUUUGCUCUUCAUAAUUAUUUCAGAAAGUUAAAAUUUAAACCUGCCCUAUAUCUUAUAAUAAAAUCUACAAAACAUAUGCAAGUUACCUUGUAUGGUAAUCUAAUAUGCAACUUUUGAUUUAUUAUGAAGACUAUUUCAAAUCUGACAUGUUUUCCUUAGUUAUUUAUUAUUUUAGUGUGUGCAAUCCUAAUUAGACCAUUGCCAAGUAACUGUGAUAUAUUCAUGUUUACAGCUGUAUUUAAAUAUGGAUAUGCUUUUAGUAUUGUGUGUUAUGUCUUAUUUACCACUAUUUGUAGAAUACAAUUUGUCAAGAAUAUUAAAAUAGUGACAUCAACAAUAACAUAAUAAAUAAAAAAUCGAACUCAUAAACGCAUGG